AUGGCGGAUUAUACCCGGGCCUGGGCACCUUCCCUGCUCCACCGCACGCUCGGUUAUGUUCAGCAGCAGUCAUGGCAUAUCAGGCCGGACAUCCCCAGCAUCCAAGGUGGCCUUGGUAGGGAACAGGAGCUCUUCCCGGGACUUCACGCCCCGCUAGGUUUCGUCCUCUCCAAUGUCUUCGCCAUGCCUAAAGGUGAAAGUCAACGCGACGGUUACAUCUACAGAAUCUGCGUCCGACUCAGUACAGGCGACGACAUUUAUGGCAUUGAACGGUCUGAUCCCUUGGGUGCCUUCCUGUUCGAAAUAUCCAAGUUUCUCGCCUGGCGCUAUCCGGUCAUGGAUAGGUCCAACGUCCCCAACCGCUUCGACCAGCCCACCACGGUCUAUGAUCGCGAAGUGGACUGUUACAUGCUCGAAAUGGACCAUUACCCUGACGUGCGCAAAUGCAUCAUGAAGGGACGUUUCCAGCUCAUCCCGGGCCGAUUGAACCUAGCGCCGGCGAAGCAGCCUACAGCCCUCACCAUGGUGUUCGGCAUUCCUGAGCUCUUCGAGAAGAUUACGGCUGGGCUCUUCACCCGAAGCGAGGAUCUGAACAACCUGUUCAGAGCAUGCCAGUUCGCGGCCUGCACCAUCCGCGAUUUCUUGACGCAUGUCGAUAUGGCGCAUGGAGAUUAUCUGGGCAUGGACAGGGCCGUCGACCAUGAGCUUCCGAAAGUAGUUACCCCCCAUGUGGUUUUCGGCCCCAUCCGCGACGCAGCCAAGCCCAGAAACAGAAGUAUCGAUCGACACAAUGAGUACCGAUAUCCCGUCCUUAGUUCUGCUCUCCCAUGGGUCCGGGAAAGCGAGGUGUACCGUCUGGGGCGUCACAUGACCAUGGUCAAAAGUAUCUGGCUCUGUGGUAGUUCGCUCAAAUCAGUGAUGUUCACCAACUGUCCUUACCUGGACAUGAAGAUCCUGCCUGAGCUGCUGAAGUCCAUGCCUCGUCUUGAGGCUUUGGCCAUUCAUAGUUGCCCGCUAAUGCAUCUUGGCACAACAGCAGAUCUCAUGGAGCUCGUCGGGGGCUUGAAUCAAUUGAAGAAGGGCGAAGCUGUCUCAAUCAAGCUUGACCAUACCCCGUGGUUUUUUAAGGGUCCCAGACCGGGCGUCACGGAGCUCAAGAGGACAUACGGGGUCCUCCCGCAGGAUGAAGGAAAAAUCGAGAUCAAGUCAGCUGUGGCUGCGUACCUGGUCAGGAUUUGGCGCCAGUGCGAGAAGUUCGACAUGAAUUUCUUCGCGGUGGGAACUGCGUUCCGCGCCUACCUCGAGCGAGUUCCCUUUGAACUGGCAACGUUGCCUUGCAUACUCAAGGCAAUUGUCAAUCUGAAGGAUCUCGAAAAGGGCAGAUUCGGGCAGGUCAACGCAGAGACGCAUACCGCCAUGCACAAGACUCUCCUCUUCGAUUUGCUCGUCGCUGUUGAAGGGAAAUCAAUGGAGCUACCUGAUCUGGAGAAGCUGUUGUGCAUCCGUGGCAGAAUAGUGUUGAUGGAGUGCAUCGAGUGCCACGAGUCACUCCCUGCUUCGUUCUAUACGAAGCAGAUGGCGGAACGCAGGCCGGAAUAUCGACUUUGCAAGGGGUGCCAGAUGGUCGAUUAUCUCGACAGACACUGUUGGGACUUCAACGAAUUUCGAGUCGAACUGGCGCAACAAAUUCUGACCUUGGAGCCGCUACCAGGUCAGGGUACGCGUCGUUUUGACGGUCGUGUGAACUGUACGCUCGAGGAGUUUUUGAGCUGCGAUUCCUGGGAAGCCAAGCAGCGGCUCCAAAGACUCAUCGGCCUCGCCGAAGGUAUCGACAAUCGCAUCCCGGGUGAAAUCAAGCGGGCCCUCCAAAGGCAGCAAGAGAAGCUCGAUGAGCUGAACAAAGAAUUCGUUAAGGACAAGGCCAACCGGAAAGCGGCCGAGAAGGUUGCGAACACAAUCGCCAGGAAAAGAUCGCAGCUUGGCGAAGAGCAGAUCGGCUCGCGCGGAUUUACCGACCGUCAGUCUUGGGAAGCCAAGGCCAAAUGGUACAACACGAUGUUGGCUGUCGAUCAUGGCAGUCUGGGAAACCUGGCCUCCCGUCCUGGUUUCAAUAGCGAUGAGCAUGCCGUGGACAUCGUCGGUCGUGGCAUACCCGCGUUUGACUUCGAUGAUAAGCAGAAUUGGUGA